GGCUAUAAAUUCCCGAUUCAUAAUCAUUCUUUCACGUCAGUCUAUUCUAAGCUUCCAAAGAAUUCAUAGAGGUGUUCACAAACAAGCAUACAAUCGUUAUGGGCCUUUCCAGUGUUAUUCUAUUUUUGAGCCUUUUCGUCGGGGUUACUUUGGGCCAAUUGGGAGGCGUACGACGACCCCCAGAGUUCUUCGGAUCCCACGGGUUCAGGCCCGGAUUUCACGGAUUUGGAGUUCCGACGGAACGGGAGGUUUACCCUGAAUGGUUUGACGUGAGCGAUCCCGAUGAUUGCGACAAAGUCCCAGAAUCCGUCAACACUGGCAAGCCUCGAGAUCUUUGUCAAGAUGCCAACGUGGGCGAACAAUUCUGCAUUUGUGUGAAACGAGGAGGCAAGAUUUACACUCCUGUUUGCGGCGAAUGUCGAGAUCCUUGUACUUUGAGAUUUGUGCCCGAUCCCUUCCCCAGAAAGAAAAACAACGAUAAUGAAAAUGACGGGACUGAUAAUGAUUAUUAGAUUCGUUGGACUUGAAAUACAACCCAGACCAAUUCGUCCUAA